AUGGCGUGGUCGCUGACCAUAGUCACGACCUGCCUCAUCGUCGGCCUGGGCAUCCUCGAGCGAGUGAUUGUCAACCAUCGCCUCAGCAAGAUCAACGGCGUCCGAGCCUCCAUCCUCGGCGGCAAUCCCAUCACCUCAUUCUACGCCUUCUUCAAAGCCGGCUAUAUGCACGCCAACAACCGCCUCCAGGAAAACUUCACAAACAUGUUCGCAAACGCCUCGCCCUCGUGCCCGCACGCCGUCGAGCUCACAAUCUUUGGCCACCGCUCCAUCAUGACCAUUGACCCGGAGCACAUCAAGGCCCUGCUCGCGACCAACUUUGCGCAUUUCGGAAAGGGACCCCGGUUCCAUCGCACGUGGGAGCCCUUCCUCGGCGACAGCAUCUUCACGACGGACGGGCGGCUGUGGCAGCAGAGCAGGACGCUGAUCCGGCCCAUGUUUGUGACGCAGAGGGUGCGGGAUCUGGAUAUCCUGGAGAGGUGGACGGACGUGCUGAUUGACAAGUUGCCGGGGAGCGGGCAGACGGUGGAUGUGUGUGAUUUGUUCUAUCGGAUGACGCUCGAUGCUAUUACGGAUUAUCUGCUGGGGCAGAGCGUCGAGAGUUUGGACAAGCCCAAUGGUGAGUUUACCAGAGCCUUUACGCAGGUCCAGCGGAUUCAGAUGCGUCUUGCAAUUUUCGCGUGGGUUGUCUCCCAACGAGACUUCUUACCUUUCAACCGCUUUGUCCCUCAAGAAGAGUACAGAAAAGGCAUCAAAGUCCUCGAGACCUUUAUUCAGCCCUUCAUCGAAGCGACGCUGGCCCUCACACCCGAACAGCUAGAGACAAGAUCCAAGUCGGACCGAGACUUUACCUUUCUACACCACAUGGCUCUCUUCUCGCGCGACCCAAAAGUCAUCCGCGACCAGCUCAUGGCGGUGCUGCUGGCGGGACGAGACACGACGGCGGCGACGCUCUCGUGGACAAUGUACGAACUGUCCAAUUACCCCGAGAUCUGGCGCAAGUUGCGGAGCCGAGUCCUGGAGAGGGUUGGGCCUCAUGCCGCGCCGACAUACGAGGAUAUCAAAGACUUGACGUGUCUCACGCAUGCGCUGAACGAGACGCUGCGCCUCUACCCUGCUGUCCCCUACAACGUCAGAUCAUGCCUUCAAGACUCAACACUGCCCGGAAAGCCCGGCCAGCCCGACAUCGCCGUCCUCAAAGGCGACCACGUCCUCUACAGCACGCUCGUCAUGCAGCGCCGCAGAGACCUGUACCCCCCCGUCUCCGAAAACUUUGCCGACCCGGCGGUCUACAGCCCCGAGAGAUGGGAGCACUGGACGCCCAAGCCGUGGCAGUUUAUCCCGUUCAACGGCGGGCCGAGGAUAUGCAUUGGGCAGAACUUUGCCAUGACGGAGAUGGCCUUUACAUUGGUGCGGCUUUUGCAGCGGUAUGAGAGGAUUGAGUAUAGGGGGGAUUGGGCGGCGCAGUAUCUCAAGGCGGAUAUCGUUGGAUGUCCUGGACUGGGAGUGCCGAUUGCGUUGUAUGAGGCCAAGUGGUAG